GCUUGUUUCCACGUUUUUUCCACAUCAAAAAGCCCUCUGGAGUUUCACUUUUUAAUUCUUCUUGGUGCAAGCAACGCAGAUUAGUUUUUUCAUCGCUACCUACAAGUGUCCUCUGAAGAAAGAGGAUUCGGUUCUACAGCAAUGGCUGCAUUUGGUGAUCGUGCAAAGAGCUGGGAUAACGUGGCUGUGUUAGUUGACGAAACUAUUAAACCACAAGCUCCGUGUAGCCCAUUCCUACAGACCCCAACACGCCAGAACAUUAAACCAAAGGCCACUCUAAUAAGGAAUAAGAACACAGCAAACAGACAAUCAGCCCCUGAACAAAGGAUCCGCAAGGGCGAGGGCUACUCGCUCUCCCAUGUGGCUGAAAUCAAUCCUGUUGAAAGACCAUGUGCUUCUAUGCCCCUCUCUGUGAAAGCUGCUACGCCUAACGUUCGCCAUCGUAAGCCUAAGAAGCAAUUUAUUGAGCCUGUGAAGCCAUACACGACCGGUCUCCCGCCCAAAAGUAGCACCCCUUCCUUUGUUCCGGUCUCGUCUUACCCGACCACUGUAUCUUAUGAUAGUAACACAGCAGCUGAGCAACUAAAGGCGACGGAAGACUUAGUUACAUUGUAUUUGACGCCUGAGGACGAUUUCACACAGUCACCCCCAUGGAGCAGAUACGUAUGUCCACACAAGCCUAAGAAGAGAUCUAGGAAGAGAUCUAUUGAGCUAACGGCAAGCAAAGACUUGGAGUCCUUGCAUCGGUCGUCGUCUAGUACACCAACGCCCUACCAGCCACCAAGUGUCUCCAUUGAGAGGGAACAAAAGACAUCUGAUGAGACAAUCCAUGCCAUAGAAGUAGGCGAAGUAUCCGAAGACACCGGACUAACAGCGACAGCCCCUACAUCACGCCAAACAAAUCGUGAAGCUACAGGCGAAGGGUCUGAAGACACAGAGCUAACAGCACCCGUCCCUACAUCACGUCAGACAAAUCGGGGAGCUACGGGAGAAGAGUCUGAAGACACUGGACCAACAGCAACACAGCUUACACCCCACCAACUGUGUCAGGCUGCUUUGCAGGAGGACCCUGAAUAUAAUGUAGGUGAAUACCUCUUUAACUGUAUCUAUAGCACCGAGGAAGGCACCGAUUAUGUCAGCUGUAUACCACACACCUCUGUUAUAACUGUGGCAGAUAAAAAGUGUAACAGUGCUAAUACCGCCAUAACCACUCCUGUAAAUGUAUUAGAGGUUAACGUUCCAUUCCUUGAUAAGCAAACAGUACCUAAUUAUAUUACUAACAAUCGGUUUGAACAAGGUGGGGCACUAGGAGGUCCUGAGCAGUUAACAUUACUUCAGAGUGCAGAGUUUUUUGAGUAUUGUGUUAACACAUCCCUCAACAACCUGCAGUCGCUGACCCUUAUAAACAAAUACAAUCAGAAUUAG